GAGUACGUCACGCUCGGCGGAGGGAGUGAGUGAUGGAGGCAGAGAAUGAAUGAAUGAAUAAAAUUCACAGGUUUGGAGGAGUUUCUGAUUGUAUGAUCAAGCCAUCAAGGAUUGCACACUGUAUGGGAGCAUAAUCUCUCAAAAUGGAGCAGGGAUCCUGGAUUUGUUGUGAGAAGUUGGCAGUCCUCCACGGGGGCUUUCUGUUAGCCAAGAAGCAAAGUCAGCACAAUAUGCUUUUGGAAAUGAAAAAAUCUGAUUGGACAACCUUAGGGAAACCUAUUGUCUGUGCUGUACAUGAGAUCUGUAAUGGAAGGACUGACUUGGCAGAGGAUCCUACAGAAACCAAGCACUGGCAGAGGAAAGUACUUGCUUUUGUCUGGGCAAAGCUACUGAACUCUAAUGUAACUGGGUCUAAUAUUAAGGAGGAACUGGAUUCAGAUGCUGAACGUGAUCGAAGGUGGAAGGAAGACCUCUUCUUUUCAGCGGAAAGCAUGAUUCCAGAGAUAAAUCACACUGUUUUAUUUGAGAUAGUAAAAUCACUGGGGGCCUCCGAUGUCUUUGUUGAGUUACUUUCAGAAUUGCCAGCUGAUGCAAGCUGUCGGGAAAUGACUCAUUUUGUGGACCAUGUUCUUGAUGGAACCUGUGAUGAUGAUGUGGUCAUGUUUCUAGAUGUAUGGUGGGAAUUAAUGAAACAACAUGAUGGACAAAAGGAUGGAAUUGUUCAAACGUUUGGAGAGGAGGCUAAAAAGUACUUGGCACAUGCGGCUGAUGAAUUUAGUCAUUCAUCUAAGAGACUCAAACUAGAUCCUGAUGUUUCUUCUUUGUUCCCUUCAGUGAGCGUGCCUGUAACUUCACGUGACCUACCCAUUCCUUCUCUGCUACUAGAUGGUCUUAAGAGAUUGAAAAGUCAUAUAAAACCUUAUGUUUAUAAGUGUUCUGCCCUAGCAAAGCUGUCAGACAUGAUACGCAACUCAGUUCUUUCUGAAAAUAUUGUUGAAGUGUCUACUAAGGUAUAUUUGGAGAAAUUUGCCAGACUGAUUACAUUAAGUAAUCCUGAAGUCCAAACGUUGCCAAUACCAAAAAUAUUCAUCAGGAAUGUGAAAGAGACAGAGAGAGAGCUGAGAGCCACAUCUCAGAAGUCUUCAUUCCAGCUUCCUGAGGGAGCACUGACAGUAGGGAUUGAGUUGCUUGCUGAUCUCCUCCACUCAUGGGUAAAUGAACUCCAAAGCGAGCCUGAGGAUGACACUGAAAUUCAGAAGAGACACCUGGCUAUUUAUAGAACAGCAGAAAGUUUAAAAUGCUUCCGUGAAAUCUGUCCCCUGCUCCAAAAAUCCAAGAUGGUAUCUGAAGAUGCCAAGAAAAAUCUGUCUGAUCUCUUGCUGAAUUCAGCCACUUUUGUUCAGCAGAUUGGCACGCUCGUGCCUUUAGAUGAUGCUGCUACUACAGAUAAAGUUAAAUUUUCCAUUGUUUUGACGAUAAUUGAUAGAAGAAUGGAAAGAUAUGCAGAAAUAUGUGAAAUAUUUGCAUCUAGUCCUGAUUGGGCUUUAUCAGCUGAUGGUUGGCUUGAUUGUCUUGAAAGAAACCGGGACAUUUUUCAAAAUACUGAUUUCGUAUUGAGAUUAGCUGGAACGCUUAAAGGCAUUUCAUCCAGUGGGAUCAGUGAAAUGUCAAAGAUGAAACGACUGAUGAAUAUCAUUUUAGAUUGCUUGACUGCACUGUCAGUUGCUGACAAAAAUAAAGCUCUGUUGGGGAUCCUGUCCUCUUAUGAUAGCAAAGGCCUCUGUAGAGAUGAGGGAGCUUUUAAGGACUGGUUUGAAGAGGAGGUGAACAUGGUGUUUAACUGUAUUACGCAGAGCGAGGCUGCAAAGAACUUUGAUAAAGCAGUGAACGCUAUUGCAAGAGUUGCUUUUUUAAAUCCAGAAGCCACUCUGCAGAAGGCGUGCCACUUGGCUGCAGUGAAUCUGGGUGCCCAUAAGCUACUUGGCCAGAUCCUGAAAAACUUGCCAGCGCUGACUUUUAAGGACAAGCUGUCUUCAGACGGGCUCAAUAUCUUCGCCAAGUGUCUCCUGGAAGCUGCUUGGGAUAGCUUUGCCACCACUAAAGGUGAAAAUCAAUUUCUUGAAUUCUUGACAUCUCUUAUGGAACCAGGAGAAGGAAUUAAUGAAGAAUCCCCAAGUCCUCUCCUCCAGCCAGCAGAUGCUACAAAGAUAUUUGUCCUUCCUUAUCUAAUGGAAAGCAACUCGAGUGUCGAGUUUCCUCUUAAAGUCCUUAACAGUGCUCUAAAGACUCCGUUGACAGAUGACGGGACCAAAGAACAUUGGCUACUUGCCUGUUGCCCUUUCCCCCUCAUUUUUGCUCUUUCUCAGCUUCUGGAGCAAUGCAUUUUGUGCUGGGAGGAGGACAGUAAUAAAACAUCAAAUCACAUUUCUAUAGAAACAAAAGGUCUCCUGAUUGAGACGUUGAACAUAGUUUGUGAUGUUGUUGGACAGAUCAUUUCUGGAAAUCCAGAUAUGUGGUCUACAUCUGUUUGUUGGUUGUACAGAAAAACUGAACAGUUGGACUGGACUAUGCGUCUUUGGUUAAAAAGUAUCUUUGGGGACCAUUUCAAAUACGAGGUACCUGCCACACUGUUUGAGGUGUGUGAUCUUUCAGAUGAUGGUUGGUCACCACUCAACCUUCCACAGUAUGGUCCAGGCACUGGACUUUUGGCAUGGGUGGAAUGUUGUUGUAUCUCUACUAAUAUGAUGGAGUGCAUGCUGUCUCAUCUAACAAUUGAUGCUAAAAAUGUUGAGGAGAUCAAUAUGUUUAGCAAAGGUUUUCUAAUUGCACUGAUCCAGGUGCUGCCUUGGUGCAGCUGUAGUGAAUGGAAACGCCUCAACCAUGUUGUGAACAGCCUUCUGCAGCGCGAAUUGCUUCAUGUGCCAUAUACCCUGGAAUAUGUUCACUAUAUGCCAUUGCUCAACCUCCGACCUUUUGCCCAUCACCUACAGUUCUCUCAGCUUUUACUGAGGGCCUUUCAGCUGAUCUGCAGUUGUAGCUGCUCUGACUGGCUUCCAGCAGCCGGGUGGAAGUAUGUAGCACGACAGUGUGCUGGUAGUAUGUCAGACAUCUUGGAGUCUCUGAGGUGCAGACUCAAAGAGCAUGGAACUCAGAAUCCGGAUGGAAGUCAGGAAGCCACUUUUGUUGUCAUGCAGCUCUUUUGCCAUGUGAUUCACAUUAUGGUAAUGAUGCCCAGCGGUACGUCUGAGCCCCUUUAUUACGUAGCCUUGGAGCUGCUUUCCCAGUAUGAGAUCCUGACAACGGCCAAUUCCACUACCUCUGGGCUACUCAGCAAAGUCGAUGAAAAACACUUCCUCUAUACCAUUGCUGAGAAUCUGUCCAGCGAAGAGCAACGUUCUGUACUCCUGCAGAAAAUCAGCAAAAUCUGUUGAGUUACAAAAUCAGACUUUGCUGGAAAAUUUCAGCAGGACUGGUAGCAUCUGUGGAGAGAAGUCACUUACUCUUUUGCAUUGAGUGACCCUUCUCUAGAACUGAUAGUAGCUAGGAAAAGAUUGGCUUUUAUGCAGAAGAUAGAGUUGGGGGCAGGACUGUCAGGAGGUAAAAGUUUACUCCUUGUCAUUCUUCCCACCCUAUCUUCCCACCUUUUUCCGAGCUACUAUCAGAAAGGAUCACUUGACCCAAAAUGUUACCUCUGAUUUCUUUCCACAGAUGCAGCCAGACCUGCUGAAAUUUUCCAACAAUUUCUGUUUUUGUUUCUGGUUUCCAGCAUCCAUGGCCUUUGUAAAAUCUGUUGAGUAGUUUAUGGCUGUCCAUGAGCUGCUGGAAUUUGGCAUUGCAAGGGUGUUUUAUUGUAUGGAAAAGUUGAAUCUUGUUUCAGAGACUCCUGUGCAAGUCCUGCGAAGCAAAGGAAACUCAAAGUUACCAGAGCGCAAUUAAAUUGAGACUGAAUACUGAGUUGUUUAUAGCCAUCUCCGGACCCUGAGUUGAAAGUGUAAGGUCUCAGUGUAAAUCAGUGUACAUGUUGAGAGUGCAACUCAAUGUUUUUAUUAAAGUUAAUUUCUUUAUUUUGCCUUUUUUAAGGGCUUCGUGAGUUCCUGAGCAGCCAAGGUACUGCCAGAUUCUACCCUAGUUGAUUUAAAACAAAAUCAUUCUCCCCCAGAUUUUAUUUUC